AUGAAGGCGGGCAACGUCUCGCUCAUCCACGUUCCUCGCGGAGUUCCCGUGAAGGACAGCCUUCUCAUCGUCGAGGCAGACGCUCGCCGUCUAGGCGACUCUUGCGCUGACCUGUACUUCCAGACGCUCAGCAUCACGGGCAAGUGGGCGAGCUCGGACCUUCAUUUCAAUGCCCAGGAGCCGCCCGAGAGGAAGGCUACGUGGUUGCAGCUCGGUCCGGUGGAGCUUAAGGUUGUUCAUGGACGUACGGAGCAGGGCCAUCUCUACUUGAACUUCUUCGUCAAACACCUUGGACGCGCAGGCGCGGCUGUCGGUGGACUGCUCGGAGCAGAUGAUCACGCUGAGGCAGCAACUGCAAGAGCAGAUUGCCACCACACCGUGGCACUUGCCAAGCAAGCGACGCGGUCUUCAGAUGCUUCAGUGGCCUCGGUUGCGGUCGCCUCUCUUUGA